AUGUUGAGCUCAUCCACCAGUUUGAGAAGCAUACAUAAACGACAACGACAAAGACAUUCGAUGGGAUUUUAUUUUACUUCUCCGUCUCAUUCUCUUCUUGUGGUGGGUUAUUGCAAAGAUAAAAUGCGUAAAGUUAAGGAAAUAAGGCCACCAAUCUUAAAUAAAAUUGAUGAUUGGGCGGGAAAACUUUUUGAAACUGCUUUACAGUCUUAA